GCCCGCCCAGGAAAGCAACUCUUGCACAAGUCUCGAAUGCCGCCUGUCUAGUUGCAGCUGCGCGCUGCAUACGCCGCCCGGCAACCGGACGGCAUUAUCCGGUUGGCGUUGGCCGCCGGGCAGCUUAAAUUCCCUCGCCAGACGCCGCCAAUGCUCGCUCGCACGCACUCACCGUCGCCACACGAGAGCAGCCACACUAGCUCACCAUAGGGCACAGGCGGCGCUGCUAGUUGAGGAUGUCGUCGGCGGAGCACCCGUGGCAGGCGCAGGCGUUCGGCGACGCGGUGGCCGCGCGGCGCAGCGCGCUGGUGCUCGCGUCGUACCCGGUGCUGCUGCUCCUCGUCAUCCUGGCCGCGUUCGUCAGGUACCUGUGGGUCGCGCUCGCCAUGUACUGCGCGCUCCUCUUCGUGCUCUCGUGCGCCGCCCGCACCUUCGGCGCCGGGCCGGCCGCCGCCGAUGGCGGCGAGGAGGAGGCGCGGGCCGGCCGCGGCGGGCUCUCGGCGGCGGCCAUCGCCGCGGCCGCCCCGGCGUUCCCGUACGAGCCGCCGGCCGCGCCCGCGCCCGGGGACUGCCCGGUGUGCCUUGAGGCGAUGAAGGCUGGGGAGCCGGCACGGCGGCUGCCGGCGUGCGCACACGCGUUCCACGUCGGCUGCAUCGACAUGUGGCUCGACUCGCACGCGACGUGCCCCGUGUGCAGGAGCCACGUCGUGCCGCGGAAGGGCGGCAAAGAACCGCCCGAGGGGCCCGCGCUGCCGCCGUCCACCGAGCCGCCGGUGUAGCUCCUGCGGGGGGUUGGGCUGGGACGUGUCACGGCGGCUGAAGGGUAGUUUCGACUUUUGGGAUAGUUUUGCACAUAGUACUAAUUUUUUGGGGUUUAUAUAUAGUUGUGCUAGUGUGUUGUUCUGCUGGCUGUAUACAUGUAAGCCUAUUUGUCAAUGAGAAUGCAGUUUAUUAUGCUA